UUCCGGAAGUCGGCGAGAAGCGAUAAGGAUUUGAAAGACGAUCAUUACUGCUACCUCCAUGGAUUCCCCAGGCCGGAAUUCCAAUAGCGUUAUUCCAGAGUCUUCUCUUAUGGAUGAUUUUAGCAAGAGAAAGAUUAUGAAACAACGAACAAGGCCCAGUCUGUUGCUGUACAGCCUGGAUCGCACACGGAAACGUGAAACUUCCUUAGCAUUAGGGUGCCAGAGGUCUGAGGAGACCAAUUCUCAAAAUCUAAGCUGGAGGAAUUCACAUUUUCUCUCUGAGCAUUGGAACCCCAAGAAAGACUUGGACACUGAUCUGCUGCAAGAUAUACAUAUUAGUUCGGUGAAAUCCAAGAUGUCUGCUCAUUUCUCAGACAUGCCCGAAGAUUUAGAUUCUCAGCCAAUAGAUCUGUCCAAGAAAAAGCCAGACCCACCAGUACAAACUCAUGAUGUAGAUAGGAAAGAACCACUUUGCUUGAAGGUAACAGGUGAAAAGUCUCCAGAUGAACCAGCAGUGACAGCCCAUGUUAAAGAAGAGCAGGAUACAACUCACCUUGAACAUAAGAACAAAAAGGCUACGGAAGAAGGAGUAGGUCUUCUCGGUGGACGAGAAUGUUUUUCAGACCAAACAGCAGCUGGUGAAAUGGAGAGCAGUCACAAAAAGGAAGGUCUGAGCAUCAUGAAGCUGUACCGAAGUGAGAGAAGUAAUGGGAACAGCUUGGUUAUGGAGGUGGACUUGGUUGGCGAAUCCGAAGUUAAACUAGUUGGUGAGAGCCCACUGAAUGGUCUGGGUGAAUCGUGCUUACAAAGUACAGUAUCAAGCAACACACCAUGUUGCACAUCUGAGAAUUCAAGCAAAGACCGAUCCUGUUACUCAGACUAUUUGUUAUCGUCCAGUGAGGAUAGUGCAGGACCCUGCCAGGACUCCGCUUCCAAAACUGAAGACAAGGAAUCUAAAGGUUAUCUCCUCAUCGAUGAUAAAGGGAUUCCAUAUAUCUUCACAGCCCAAGGAGACCAUGCAUCAUCAGAGUACUUGGGUACCACAGGCACAGCUUCUGUGACUGGAGCCUCUAGAGGAUUUCUGAGUUUACAUGUUCAAGAUGAAGGCUACACUCUGUCUAAACGAAAACGGAGCAUACCUGCCACAGCAAUGAGCGAGAAGACUUUAAAUGCUUUGAAAGCUGGGCAGAGUGGAUCAGUAGCAGUUGUUACGCAUUCUUCCGACCUUCGUGAUGGUGAAGUACUUGGUGCCAUGGCAUCUAAAGAGGACCAGGAUAUUUCCUCAGUUUUAAGCUCAGCCUCCACUUCUACAUAUACCUUAACAUUUCCAUCCUCUGGUGUUGCUUCUCCCGGGAAGGCUGCAGCUUCUAAUAGUGCUCCUAAACGGGUGCUGUACUGCCAGGUCUGCUUCCGCGCCUUUUUCUACCUCUCAGACUUGGAGCGACAUAGCAUCACUCACUCGGAGCACAAGCCUUAUGUAUGUGGUGAGUGUGGAAAACGUUUUAAAAGAUCUAGUCACCUGGAAAGACAUAAACACAUCCACACUGGUCAGCGGAACUAUGCCUGCGCCAUAUGCGGUAAGCGCUUCCGGGAGGCCGGUGAGCUGAUGCGCCACCAGCGAGUGCAUACUGGAGAGAAGCCAUACCAGUGUGAGGACUGUCACAUGCGCUUUGCAGAGAGGAACACAUUGAGGCGGCACAUUAAGCGGAAGCAUGCCAGGGAGGGUCUGUUCUCGGAUGAGCCACAAGGGGAAAUGCUUAUGAGGGCCAGUGACGACCUCUCUGACAGUAAGCUGGGUUGGUACUCUGGCAGCUCUGCUGUUCCUGGGGAGUGCAGUGAGGGGGAAGACAAUGAGGAGAUGGCCAGUGUGAGCAAAGAUGAAGAGACUUUGAAAAAAGAAGAUGAGGAUACUGUCCUCUGAUCAAUAGAACAAAAAAAAAGACUUGACCUGCACUUGAAUCGGUGAACUUGGCUUUUGCUUACUUGGAAAUAGAAAAUGACAGCUGCACCCCAUGAGGUCUAGGAUGCCCAGCCCUCGUAUGAGGCUAAGUUGCCUGGCACUUGGCUGCUGGUGGCCCAAGGUGUUCAGCCCCUGAAGCUGCCUCCUACAGAUCUCUAUAUGCCCCCUGCUGGGCCAAAAUACCAGGCUUCUCCCUUACCUGGUAGGGAAGGGGGUGGGCAAGGUGGGACAUGUUGCCCCCAAAGUUGACACAUUUGAUAUGUGAUCAGUGAAUGGCAGAGUUCUGUUCCAGUUUCAAAACAGAACAUGAAGGAUUCCUUAGAUAAAAGUCCCCCAAAAUAUUCAGCCCCCUCAUGUCAUUAGGUGAGUGGCUGUCAAUUGCUGCCAUAUAUGUUUAAUGGUCUGUAAAUAUGAAAGUGUCCCAUGUGCAAAGUGUCUGAUCAGGGUAGCUCUUUGUUCUCCUCUGCUAAGCAUCUUGAGAAGAAAUAAUCCCCAAAGAGUGUCAAUUUCAAUGAUAUUGCUGCACCUUAGUGAUGCUGUUAGUCCUUUGGUGAGGUACAUUUCUCGGUUACCCUUUUGUUGUAUAUCUUCCUUUUUUCAUUUUUGGCACUUUAUUUAUGCAUACAGGGGCCAUGUAAUUAAGAGCAUUUUUUUUUAAUAUUAGCCAUGUGUUGGAAAAGGAAGGACUGAAGGGUUCUGAAACUCCACCUUGGGACUGAAAUUUUGUUCUCAAUUUAUUGCAGUUAAUAUAAAGAAUGGCUUUCUGAAUGAUUUCAAGAACAUACAUGGAGAGUGGUGUUAUGUUGCAUUUUUAUUUGCACAAUGCUAGUAAGGAUGUCACUGUACUAUCUACACGUGACAGUAUACAUCCUAUAAAUGGAAUUCCCCUAUGAUCAGUCAAAUUAAUAGUCAGCCAGGCAGUGUGGUCAGCUAGUGGCUGAGGCAUUUGAUUGUAAACAUCAAUGGUGUUGGUGUUUGACCCAUGAAAAAGUGACAUAAUUUGCCUUUGCUAUGCUUGCACAAAUAUUGAAAACACUGUACUUGUAAGGACCCUUGAGGUGGUCUUUACUAUGAAAAGGCAUUAUUUAAAAUAGCCAUUGCUUUCUAAAAUAUAGUGACGGUGCUAACUCAAUAAACACUUAAAACAGUGAGUUCUCCAACCCUGUUAGACUGUAAAUCACAAAGUUCCUGAUUCAGACCCCACUACUCACUCGCUGUGGGAUUUUUUGAGUGACUUCACCUAGCAGUACUUACCUUGUAUAAAAAUGCACAUGUAACACAGCUUGGGACUAUAGGAGCAUAUGAUAUAAAAUUCUUUAAUUUCAUCAAUAGUCAUUUUUUUUCUAGCAUACAACCUCUCACUCAUACAGAUGUAUAAUUUUUAUAUUUGGAGUGAUACCAUAAAGUGGGCGAAAGGUGUGCUGUAAUUGUGACAUCUUAUGGCUUCCAGUCUAGCUCCUUAUCCAUUUUGUACGAAAUAAACAUACAGGGUGUCCAUAAAGUCCGUAUGCAAUUUAAAAUAGUUGUAACUUUGUAAGUAUAUGUGAUAGAACGAAUCUGUAAAAAGGAUCAGAAAGAAGAAACACAUUUUUUUUUAUUGUUCUUGUUAAUUUUCAACAUGUCCACCAUCAUUACUAAUACAAAGAGUAAUACGAUUCUGUAGUUCUCAGAAAACAUUUUCAAGCUCAUUUUCAGUAAUACCAGUAAUCACAUCAGUUAUCCUAGCUUGCAAGUCUUCUAAAGAUCGAGGUUUGGUUGAAUAAACAUUAGUUUUCACAUGUCCCCAUAAAAAGAAAUCCAAUGGAGGCCAAGAAAAUGGGCCACCUCUUCCAGUCCAUCUGUUAGGGAAUUCAUCAUGUAGAAACUGUCUAACAUGCAAAUGAAAGUGACAAGGAGCACCAUCUUGUUGAAACACUGGAUUCUCUAUCAGUCCUAAUUGUUCAAGUUGAGGAAUAAAGUAAUUUUGCAGCCUUUCUAAAUAGCUAUCACCAUUAACAACGUGCCCUUCAAAAAAGAAUGGCCCUAUGACUCGAUUUUUUCCCCAAAGCACACCACACAUUAACUUUGGGAGAAUCUCUUUCAUGUUCAACAGACUCGUGGAUUUUCAGUUCCCCAAAUACAGCAAAAAUAAAACUUCUAAAGACAAAAAAAAAAAAAACUAGAUACAUCAAACUUUCUAAACCUUUUUACAAAUUCUUUCUAUCACAUAUAUUUACAAAGUUACAACUAUUUUAAACUGCACACAGACUUUAUGGACACCCUGUACUUACAAAAUCAGAUCUGGAUCACGUGUUUCUAGUUGAUCUGGAUACAAUUACAGCACCUUUGAUCCAAACUGCAAAAAUACUGUAGAUUGAUAGAUGGCACUUUAUUUGUCCCCUUGGAGAAAUUUAACUUUUUACAGAAGCUCACUUAAUAAAUAAGUAGUAAUAAUAUUAUUAUUAUAACUGACAAAUACCCACCAGAAUAACUAAAAAGAAAGAAAAACAUUUGACUUGGCUAAAGAUAAAACGAGAAGUCACAGUCACAGUGAGGCUUAUUAAUGUGAAUUGCCGUAGGUAUAAAAGAGCCCCAGUAGCAUUUCUUCUCACACUUCUGCUGAAUAAUUCAUUCCUGAAAGUACUCCAGUCUGUAGUGGCAACAUUUUAUAUGUUUCAGAUGAGUAUGUACAAGCUGUGUCAAAUAUAACAUAUACGCAGAUUUAUAUAACAUCCAUCCAUUUUCUAAACCCGCUUUUCCCUGAGCAGGGGUAGCUGGAACCUAUCCCAGCAAGCACAGGGCCCAAGGCAGGAACAAUCCCUGCUGUUCUUUUGCAGACUCCUUCGCCUGUGUUAGUGCAGUGAAUGAUGAGAAAAGUCUUGUCUGUGUGUGUGAGGUAUACAUACAGACUCUGAUUAUGUCAUUUAUAUAAGUGGGAACAAUCAGUGGACACAUACACACAAAUACAGUAAGGCCAAUUUAGCACUGCCAAUCUACCAAACCUGAUUGUCUUUGCUCUGUGGGAGGAAACACACACGAACAUGGGGUCUCAAAGCCAGUUAAUUAACACAGGCUAAAGAGUUUGUAAAAUAACAUUUAUUAAGAGUUGACUGAUUCAACCUUUUAAAUUAUGUUUUACAUAUUCUUAAUAGUUUGGUCCAUGCAAUAUUUCUUCAAACAGAUUAUUUCCAUAUCAUUCAGUCGAUUUGUGUCUUCCUGUGAGCCUGUAACAAAUAAUCAUGUGGAGUAAAAUAUCUGAUAAAACUACAGUUUAAAAACAACAAUAUUCUUUUAGCAUGAGUGGAAUAAGGUAUUAUUGUGCCCUGUUCGGAGUGUAAGCUGUGUAUUCAGUCACUGAUGUGAGGCUUCGUGAAGUGACAUUACACACUCUAAUCUGGUGCUUUUUAUAUAAAAAUUAUUUAGUGUUGUUUUUGCAGCUCUGAACAGUGAAGCAUUGCAGUAAAUGUGCAGCACUAGCCAUGUAAAGUUGUCUGGCUCACUUGCUGAGGAUGCAAUGAGGUUAUGGUAUAAAGUCAAAUUUUCCAGUUUGGUAGCAUUUAUAUUUGCUUCAGUAUAAAUGUAUCAAUUUUUGAACACUAAGAAGCCAGCAAGUGCCCAAGUGGCAAAGGAGCUGGGCUGAAGACCACAAGGGUUUUAUUGCCCAGUAGUGUCUCAGUCUGACCUACCAAUGUUCACAUAAUUCACAGACAAAUCUUUGAAAUGCUUUCAGAUGUGUUUUUAUAUUUGCACUAUACAAAAAGGCUUGUUUUUACAUUACUAAAGGACAUAUUCACUAUGAAGGGAUUUUUAUCAGUAAAUUUUGUUUAUCAACUGUCGGUCCUUUAACUUACUAAACUGUGUGAACACCAGGGGUCGCUGUUGCCUCGUUAGACUCAACAGACAGGCGCUGACACAGGGUAAAAGCACCAAGAAGUAUUCUUUUUCUUCUUGAAAUAGUGCCCUGAAGCACCUCCACCACCAUAAACAGGCAAACACCAAUAAUCGGCACAAAUCUCUCCUCCACUCCACCCAGCAAGCUCUGUCCCACUCCCUCCCAAGUCUGGCUCACCUGCUGGGUCUCCACCAUCCUUUAAAUAUCCUGACCUGGAAGUGCUUCUGUCCUUCUGACCACGUGACUCGUCUGCACUUCCGGGUCAAACGGAGAAUUGUGUUUUUCUUCAGGCCAGAAGUACUUCUGUGUUUCCGUCCCCGUGACUUGGGAGUACUUCCGGGCUAUACAGAAAAUAAAGGUUGUCGAGUCACCCUGCGGCAUCUCCUGGCUGCACCCAUGGUACCCAGCAGGGCUGUGAAGCCGAACUCCAAAUUCCAUGGUGCCCUGCGGGAAUUCGGGGUACCGCUGUGCUGCACGGACAUCUCCAUCUGUUGUCCGGGGUUGGGAGUAGUGUCGCUCAGAAGCUGCUUUCCCCCCAUCUUUCUUCUCUAUGGGCAUCCCGGCCGGGUUGAGCAGUCGGCCUUCCACCACAACUGGUGUAGGAGAAUGCUGCCACUUCAGACUCCACAACCUAUGUAUGGAGUGACCUUUCACAUUAUGGGGAAAAAAACACUCAAUUGUACUGUACCUGUAAAGCCUCUUGGGAUGGUGUUACUGUUACCACCGAGGCCAGAGCUGAGUUGUAAUAUUAGUGGGAAUGUCUCAUACACAGAGUGCUUAUUUUCCCCAAGAGACGUUCAAGAUCAGCAUACAGUUUGGUGGUUUACAUGUUUCUUUAGAGGUGGCUCACAGACCGGUAAAGUGACUUUAUUAGAGUCGCACCAUAUGACACGAGUGAGAGAAAAACUUGUGUUUUAGGUCCAGUGCUUUAGCCACUAUACCACAUGGCUUGCUGGCAGCAUGUCCAUGCCAUUGAAAGAUUUCAGUUGUAUUAAAGAUAUUUUAAUUCAAAUGUAUAUUAUGUUUCAAGCAGAAUAAAAGUAUUACUUGCUUCUCUUACUAAUGCAGAAACAUCAAAAAUGAAGCGACAAAAUAUUACACAAAUGCAAUAACAUACUAUAGCAGAAACAGAUCACUAAACGACCCUACAAAACCUGUGUGCAGCCUCGGUCUUGGGGUUCACAGCAGCUUCCACUUGUCAUUUAACAUACAUCUGUAGCAAUUUGCAGUCACCUUGUGUUACAUCACAGGCCAGUUUUACCUGAAUGAACAGCUACUGUAAUUAAAUCAAAAUGAGCAGUGUUGUUGUGUUUAACUUUGAAAUGGACCCGACAGGAUUUGUUUUGCUCAUUGUUCCUUCAGUAGAAUACAAAUGCAUAUUUAGAUGUACUGUAUUGAGUAUUUUUUCAAACCAUAAAAUGUCUACAAAGUUUUCAGGCUACCUGUGGAUAGCAGUAUUAGCACCGGCAGUCCACUCUGAAACACUUUGGUGUUCUUAGGUAAGAUUUUGACUGCGCUUCCUUUUCUAUAAGAACCCUGAGUGUUGAUGGAUACAAACGCUUGUAAAACUUUCAAGUUAUUUCAUUGCACUCUUGUGAUGUUUCAUGGGGAUUCUGAAUACUUGAGACGUUUUUAAAAUGUACUUAAUUAGCUACUCAUCCAUAAAAUAAUAAUUAGUACACUCUGUCUUCAUUUAUGAACAGUGCAAUUUAACUGCUUCAUGUUUUCAGGAAUACUUUAUGUCAAAAACAGAAGAAAAUUUUUUAACUGUAUGUCUCCUUUUUUUUUUUUUUUGUUUGAACUCACCUCACUAUGCUGUCUCCCUAUUUGAUUCAUCUACUGUUUAAGGGGUACAUAUCUUCUGAAAAUGCUAAGCUAAGCAGUUUAUGCUCUUGAUAUUUUUAAAUAUGGAAUUUACAAGCAUUGCUAGAAAACUGAAAAUUAGAAAGAAGUAAAUUGUAAGGUUUUUUAAUUUAAGAAGCAAAUUUAUGAACUAAAAUGUUUUGUUAGCCUUGUUCCUCAGGGGGCCACUGUCAGCCACUAUUAGAUAUGAUAUUUUGUGGUGUAUUUAAAUUCCAUCCAUCCAUCCAUCCUCUUAAUCUGAUUCUGAGUUGCAUCAAGCCUCAGGGGCAAGGCAGGAACCAGUUUGUGGACAGAGUGCCAGUCCAUAGCAGUGUACAUCAGUUCACACCCAAAAGUGUGGUGCUGUCACAUUUAAAACUUCAAAUCCUGGGACUGUGCUCCUUCUCUGCACUAGCACCUCUUACGAAUCUUUAGGAGAUGACUUCCCAAGAUUACAGCUCACUGUGGUUUCAACUUUAAACUCUAUUCUUUUUGAUACUUAUUUUUUAUGUUGAAAUUUUGAUUUCACAUUUAUGUUCAUAUUGCUUACAGUUGAUUUUUCUUCAAAGCUUUCACAGUUUUUCUUAAUCUGUAAUCCAAUUCUGUUUUUUUUUUUUUUCAUUAAAAAUUGUGCUUUUAUGCUGUCUUCCAAAUGGUGGCACUGUAUAACAUGUAAAAGAUGAGUAGUGUGGUGUGAAAGCUGCCCUCAGUAAAUUACCUUGCAUUCUGGAAAAUGCCUGUUUUGCUGAAAACAUUGGUGGAAAUGGAAAUUGUGUACAUUGCUAGCUGUUAUAGCUGACGCCAGAGCGUUUCAGUUUAGAUUUGGGAUUUAAUCUUUGAACUUUUCUUGAGUUGUCCAUAGUCACCUGUCGGUGUUGAGAAAUGUGAACAGUCAUUUAUUUAUUUAUUGAAGUCACAUUCUUCUCAUUGCAUUUCAGCAUUAGUGUUUAUAGUCUUCUUUGUGGACCAAGGAAGAGUUCUCAGCCACCGGUGUCUUCUGGUUUUUGUUAAAACUGAAGCUGUUACUUUAAUUAAUCAUUCUUUUGAACACUUUUUUUUUUCUUUCUUCAAAUGAUGGUUUAUUAGAUGCCUUUGAUAAGAUGCUUUGCCUGUAAGAUACUAUGGGGAGACCUUUAAUUGUCUUAUGUUUGUCUGGUUUCUCGAGCAGUAAUACGGAAUAACCCCUUCCCUAACAAUUUUUGAAUCAAUAUUAUGUCUAAAAAUCAUUUUUGAUUUUAUUUUUGAAUUUAUUGGUUAAAUAAAGAUAGAAAUGUAA